CGCAUCAACAACACACAAUGGCACCUAUGUUAAUAAGAGAACGAAUUUUCUCGGAGGAGAAGAAGGUUUAGUAUCAGAAAUCCGCGUGUCGUCUCCACUGCAGUAAUAGCAGGAACACUAGCUACCUGCAUCGGUUUCGCUUAUGAAUAUUCAAUUUCCCUGAGGCCACGCUGUCGAUUGUGAUUGUGUUUGUUUGUUCUUCUCACUGUCGGAACAUUCCACGCAUCGUAGUAUUUGCUUAUGCUUUAUCAUUCUCCGGUGAGCAACCCAGAACACAAUGGACGAUAUUUUCGGUAAGAAGAAAGAAGUGGUUCCAAUACUUGACCUCUCCCUGUCAACGGCCACCACUAGGGAGGAAUUCAAAAAAAUGUUCGAGAAGGUGCCGGAUUAUAAGAUGCGCCCAAUCAAAGUGCGGCCAGAGGAAAUCCGCUUCAAGGACAAGGACUCUAGCUACAAAAUGCCCAAGAAGGAGGUAAAGAUGUUGAUUAAGAACGGAGGCGAGAGGGACAAGUUGUACACGUACAUGGAUCCGAUUCCGGUGGAGAUGAGAAAUUUGGUUAUUCUGGAGCUGUGCAGUGUUUCGAUCGAUUGGAAAAUGCUAACGCCCCAACGGCCGAAAACCAAAAUCGAGGAAGAAUAUUUUAGCAAGCUGGUUGAACUGGGCAAGUUGCAAAUCAAAACUGAGCAACGUGAUAAGCGUGAGAAUCAGCUCUCUUCGUCGGUGCGAAAGGUGAAGAAUAAAUCCGGCAUCAUCGAGUCACGCAUUUACAGCUGCAGCGAGUGCAUGGAAGAGUUUUGCAAUGGAAAGGUGUGCUUGGAUUUCAACUACGAUCUGUAUACUCGUGUUAUGCCGAAAGCUCCCAUUCAAAAGACUAAUUCACAGCAACAAAUCGCAACAACGAAGGUGCUGAGCGAGCUCAACCAGAAGAGCAUCGACAGCGGUAGUGGUAGUUCGAAGAAAAGCCGUCGAUUGGUUCGCCGGAAGUCGAAAACGAAAUCUAAAUCCACCGAGGAGGAUGAUGGAAAUCAGAGCAGUGGUGGACCUGCAGUUGGUGGGAAGAAGAAAAGCAAGAAGUCCUCUAGAAGCAAGAGUCCAGCCAAAACGAAAUAAAUGAAGACAAAUUGUAGUGUUACCAAAAUUAGGACCUCGAAUAAAACAGU